GAUGAUGUGCCCAAAGUCGUAGAGGAACUGCCUGGGUUAUAUUUGAAACCAAGCCCUCUGCCCAGAGGGUCCUGCGGUGCUCGGAUUCUCAGAUUUGGGAGAGCAGACAGAAAGAAGAAGACAGACAAGUGAAAAGUAGCGGGCCAGUAAGCAGGACUGGGAGGGAGAUGGGAGUGGUGCGGGAGGCUGGGCUUCCUGGAGAGACAGCCACUCAGAGGAAUUCCACUGGGGUGGAGCUUGGAGCCCACAGAGAAAAAGUGGCAGAAAGUGCUGAGAAUUGCAGCAGAGCUGGAAAACCAGGGGGGGACAGCCAGCCACUGACAAGGUGAGGGGCAGAAGGGAUCCGGAUGGCACAGAACGGCUCCCUGCCCUCCCCCGUACUACUGCUGCUGCUGCUGCUGCUGCUUCCACUUCUGCGAGCUGCACCUCAGACCCCUCGGGUGUCUGUAUCUCCAGUGGUGUCUGGCCUUCUGGGGACAACUGUGCAGCUCCCGUGCCACCUGGCACCUGGGGAAGAUGAGGUCCAGGUAUCCCAGAUAACAUGGCUACGCAACGGCCAGAGCAGCGAUCGCUUAAGUAUAGCUGUCUUCCACCCAACCCACGGAGCCGGCUUCCCGAGCACGGGGCCCGGAGCAGAACGCCUGGCAUUCGUGUCCCAGAGCCAGGGUCCAGGUUCCAAGUUCCACGAUGCCUCCCUAAUCAUUCAGGAUCUGAGGGCCGAGGAUGAAGCCAAUUAUACCUGUGAGUUUGCCACCUUCCCUGGGGGCAACAGGAAAGGCACCACCUGGCUCAGAAUUCUGGCUAAACCUGAGAACCGCGCAGAGGCCUACACGGUGACCUCGGGUCCGGCCCCCGUAGCUGUGGCCACCUGUGUUUCCAGAGGGGGCCGCCCGCCGGCUCGGAUCUCCUGGUCCCCUCCGUCGGUCGGCUGGAGCAACGAGAGCAGGACGGCGGGACCCGGGCCCGACACCUUCACCGUCACCAGUCGCUUGACUCUCAUCCCUACAGCCCAAAUGAAUAAGAAGAAGGUCAUUUGUAGGGUGGAACACGAGGCCCUCGGGGAGCCUGCGCGGCUGCCCGUCAUCCUGGCCGUACAAUAUGCCCCUGAGGUCUCCAUCUCAAGCUCAGACGAAGACUGGUCGCUUGGGCAAAACGAGGCCUCCCUGGAUUGCGUUGCCCGGAGCCACCCCCCGCCGCAGGCCUACCGCUGGAGCACGGCUUCCGGCUCCCUCCCUGAGACAGCCCUGUCCGAAGGCCCCAAGCUGGUCUUCCGCCCCGUGGACUGGUCCGCCAACGCCACCUUCGUCUGCCAGGUCACUAACGCCGUGGGCACGGGCCGGGCCAGCCGAACCGUCCACGUCAGAGAAGCGCCGUCCUCCGAGCUGUCUGCGGGGCCCACGGCGGCCAUCGCAGUGGGCGUGAUCGUGGCUGUCGUCCUGGUCGUCCUGGCCGUCCUGGCCUUCAGACUGCGCCCGUGUCAAAGCUGUAACAGGAACUUACCUGAAAUGGAAGUCUCCUACGCUUCCGUGCCCUCCACUAGCAAUCCACCCAGGCGGACCCAGGAGAGCGUGGCAGAUGACGCCAACGCAAAUGGCACAGUCCUGGCUGAGUGACGGAGCCUCCCAGCCUCCUCAAGCCGGAAGAGGAUCAGCCCUUCGCUCCCUUCUGGCCCCCAAGGCUCCUCUGGCCUCCAUUCCAUGGGAGCCAGCCUGUCAGGAAGAGCUCAGACUUAAGCAUCAGGACACUGGACUCUGCCCCUGGGAGCCACUGGUGGGGGUGCAUGAGCAUGAACAAGACCCUUUCUCUUUCCUGUCCUCAGUUUCCCCAUCCAAAAGUAGAAGGCCAGUCCACAAGCGUUUAUCAAGCGCCUACAUGAGAUGCACCGGUUUAGAGAAGCCUCCCCCAUGGGGGGGCUAUUUGUGCCUGACCCAUGGCAGAGCACUCCAAGGCCUGAUCAGCCACAGCGGGACACACUGCAACUCUUGGUUCUCUUUGAAAAGAAAGGACAAGAAGUGGCUGAGAUCCUCUGGUUCCUGACCUCUCCUCACCCAAGACUUGUGAUAUUUUUAUUUUUGUAAUUAUUUUUAAUAAUUUAUAACUUAAUUUAUUAAUAAAAUGCUCCUGCCACCAA